AUGGACAUCACUACCCGCAAACCACAGAACCUCGCCAUUCACACAAGCCCCAAGAACGACCUCCGUCUCGUACAAUCAGACAUUCCUUCCCUCAAGCCACAUGAAUGUCUCAUCCACGUCCGCGCCACGGGCAUCUGUGGCUCUGACGUCCAUUUCUGGAAACACGGCCACAUUGGACCCAUGGUCGUGACGGGGGAUAACGGACUCGGACACGAGAGUGCAGGCGUCGUGCUGAAAGUAGGCGAAGAGGUGCGGAACUUUAAGCCAGGCGAUAAAGUCGCCCUUGAAUGCGGCAUUCCAUGCUCCAAGCCUUCCUGCUCCUUCUGUCGAAGCGGCCAAUACAACGCCUGUCCGGACGUGGUGUUCUUCUCCACUCCGCCUCACCAUGGCACUCUGCGCCGAUACCACGCGCACCCGGAAGCCUGGCUUCACAAGCUUCCAGACCACUUAUCUUUCGAGGAAGGUGCACUGCUAGAGCCACUCACUGUUGCGUUGGCGGGUGUGGAUCGCUCGGGUUUACGACUUGCUGAUCCGGUCGUGAUCUGCGGCGCCGGGCCGAUUGGUCUGGUGACGCUCUUGGCGGCGAAUGCGGCGGGCGCAGAGCCGAUUGUUAUUACGGAUGUUGAUGAAAAUCGGUUGCAGAAGGCAAAAGAGCUUGUGGGUAGAGUGAGGACGGUGAAGGUCGAGAUUGGGGAGACGGCGCAGGCUGUGGGUGAGAGGAUUGUGCAGGUGUUGGGCACAGAGGCGAAGUUAGUGAUGGAGUGCACCGGGGUAGAGAGUAGUGUGCAGGCGGGCAUUUAUGCAACACGCUUCGGAGGCACGGUGUUCGUGAUCGGAGUGGGCAAAGACUUUCAGAACAUCCCAUUCAUGCACAUGGCAGCCAAAGAGAUUGACCUGAGAUUCCAGUACCGGUAUCAUGACAUUUACCCGAAGGCAAUUAGUCUGGUGGCGGCCGGAAUGGUGGAUCUGAAGCCAUUAGUGUCACAUCGGUUUGCCCUGGAUGAUGGGAUCAAAGCGUUUGACACGGCGAGCAACCCCGCGGCAAAAGCUAUAAAGGUGCAGGUUGUUGAUGAAGAGCAUUAA